GGCGAUGCCGGUGGCGCAUUACUACCAGCUAACUUCAGUAUGAUAGAAAACAGUUUGUCGACAUUUGAGAAAUGUUCGCGUCCCUGUUUUUCUAAACGAGGUAAUGUUGUUAUUUUAGGAAAUAUUCAUUCAGGAGUUAGGAAAAGUGUUCGAUUUUUUAAUGCAAAACUCGCGUGGACUGAAUACAUAUUUUAGCGUACCUAUUUGUGGCUUAUUCGACUUGUCCUACCUCAACGUUUUCAAGCACUGUUACGUUUGAUGCUCAGAUAUAACCAGCCAUGACAGAGAUAGUGUAUCCGGCUGGUUGUCGCCCUAUUAGCGACGACCUCGGAUCUGAUGAACUGAUUCGUCGUCUGAAAACCCUGGCACACACUCUACAAGCUAUGGGACAAGAUGAUGGGGCAUACAAGCAGUAUGUGCCCUUAAGUGUACACUUGGCUGAAGAACAGUUUCUUAGCCAUCCUUCCAGAGAUGUCCAACUUCUAAUUGCUUGCUGUAUCGCAGACGUCCUAAGAGUGUAUGCUCCAGAUGCACCGUAUCAAGAUCCAGAGCAAGUCAAAACCAUAUUUUUAUUUUUGAUAAAUCAACUUUCUGGGCUGAAAGAUCCCAAAGAUCCAGCCUUCAAAAGGUACUUUUAUCUCUUGGAAAAUCUAGCUUAUGUGAAAUCUUUUAAUAUGUGUUUUGACUUACAAGAUUGUCAAGAAAUAUUUUGUGCUCUUUUUGACUUAAUGUUUAAAAUAGUUAAUGAUGAACACUCUGGUAGAGUCAAAAGUUUCAUGUUGGAUGUGUUAUGCCCUCUUAUUACUGAAAGCGACAUGGUUGGUAAUGAUUUGCUGGACAUCAUUUUAUUGAACAUUGUGGAACCAAAUAAAACCCAACAUAAAAAUGCUUAUCUCUUAGCGAAAGAGCUUAUUAUUAAGACUUCAGAAACAUUAGAACCAUAUAUUCAAGCAUUUUUCAACCAAGUCCUAAUUUUAGGAAAAGAGGAUCAAAAUUUACAAAUAUCAAGUAAAGUUUAUGACCUGAUCUAUGAGCUUAACCAUAUAUGUCCUCAAAUACUCGUAUCCGUACUGCCACAGCUGGAAUGUAAAUUAAAAAGCGCACAAGAUGGAGAACGCUUAUCUGCUGUGGCUCUUUUAGCAAAGAUGUUUAGCGAGAAAGACUCAGAGUUGCCAAGAAGGCACGGCCCUUUGUGGAGAGCAUUUCUCGGAAGAUUCAAUGAUAUAUCUGUAGCGAUUAGAACAAAGUGCGUGCAGUAUUCGAUGCACUUCUUAUUAAACCAUCCCGAUUUACGGAAAGAUAUUACUGAAACACUUAAGAUGAGGCAACAUGAUUCUGAUGAACAUGUUAGAUAUCAGGUAGUGAUGGCUAUAGUUACAACGGCGAAAAACGAUUUUCAAGUAGUUUCCGACUCUGAGGACCUAUUAGAAUUUGUAAAAGAGCGGACUCUUGAUAAAAAAUUCAAAAUUCGAAAAGAAGCUAUGGCUGGCUUGGCAUUGAUCUAUAAAAAACAUUUGAGCGAUCCUGACGUUCCAAAUGCUACCAAGAAAGCCGUCACUUGGAUUAAGGAUAAAAUAUUACAUGGGUAUUAUAUGGCUGGAAUGGAAGAUAAGUUAUUAGUUGAAAGGUUACUGAAUACUUGCCUAGUUCCUUAUCAACUUCCUCCAGCGGAGCGUAUGAGGAAAUUAUAUCAUUUAUUAGGUACAGUAGAUGAACAUGCUACCAAAGCAUUUAUGGAACUACAGAAAAAUCAGCUGUGCGUACGAAAACUGGUUAUAGAAUGGCUGGAUUUACAUAGGAAACUGGCUUCUGUUCCCAGUAGUGAGACUCAGAAAGAGAUUGCUAACAAAGUACAGGCUUUAUCUCGUUGCCUACCGGAACCUGUUAAAGCUCACGAAUUUUUAAGUAAAUUUAGCACCCAUUUACGAAGAGACCAAGAUCUCAUGGAGAAGUUUGAGACUGUAGCAAGGCCAACAGUAAGUUGCAAAGAUUGUUCAGAAGCUACCGCCGCUGUAUUAAAAAAGUUGGGGCCGCCAGUGAUGACGAACCUUUAUUAUAACAUGGUGAAGAUGUUGCUGGAACGUAUUAGCUCCGUCAUGAUCGACCACGAGGCCUUGGGUAUUUUAAUAGGAUAUGUGGCCGACUGCCUGAGAGGUGGUAAUUCGAUUGAAGAAAUCGGACUAAAUGCGGCCACUGCCGGCGAUAGAGGUCUGAAGCUUUUGGUGAUGUUGAGCGUAGUGUUUCCUUCGCAUUUCCACUAUACUGAUAUAUUGGAAUAUCUGAUGGACUUACUAAGAUUGGACGACGUUAACGUUGCUCCAUUAGUGUUAAACGUUUUCACGUUUUUGGGAAAAUAUAAGUGUUUAUAUGAUCAAUUUGCCGAUGUCAUGAAUAGUCUGGCACCAAUCUGUAAAGAUUUGGCAUGUUCUGGUACGCCUAAGCAAGCGAAAGGGGCGGUCCAUUGCAUACAUAAAAACAUGCCACCUCUGCACGAUGAAAUUUUCGCUCAGAUUUUGGAAUCCGUUAAAGAGAACUUGGUACCUGAAUCGCCAAAUUAUAGAACUGCCAUUGUUACUCUGGGACAUAUAGCAUUUACAUUCCCAGAUAAAUAUAAGGUGCCCAUUAAGAAUAUAGUUUCGAGAAAGAUUGUAAAAGACUUACUAGUAAAGGAUCCCAGAGAAAAGAAAGAUGAAGAGGAUUAUACAAGCGGUUGCUUAAAUGAUAGCGAUUCGUGGUGUGCAGAGGAUGAUUUACCCGAAGAUACUCGAUGCAAAUUAGAAGGUCUAAAAGCAAUGGCUAGGUGGCUUCUAGGUUUAAAACAGGACAACGCCUCUGCUCAAAAAACAUUCAGAAUGCUGAAUGCUUUCAUACUACAUAAAGGCGAUUUGUUACAGAGUGGAAGACUUUCAAAAGCCGAAAUGUCUUGGCUCAGAUUAGCUGCUGGUUGUGCUAUGUUAAAGGUUUGUGAACAGAAAGGAGUAGGCGAUCAAUACACAGCAGAACAAUUUUACAAUUUAUCCCAAUUGAUGUGCGAUGAUGUCAAGCAAGUUAGAGAAUUGUUCGCCAGUAAGCUGCAUAAAGGGUUAAACAAAGGUUUGACCAAUAAGUGCCUUCCCUUAGAUUUCAUGGGAUAUUACGCCUUAGCAGGACGUGAACCUGAAAGUCGUUUGCGUACGCUUAUUAGAAAUUACAUGAUUAAUGAUAUAAACAGACGAAGAGACUAUGUAAAAACUAUUACAAUGGGGAAUUCAAAUGCAGAAAGCAAAGCAAUGCAGCAGCUUCCUCACAUCUUGCCUGAUUAUAUGCUAGUGUUUGCUAUUCCAGUACUAGCACAUGAACCGAGAUUAACGAGGUGGGAUAAUGUGGCAGAACUUCAAGUAGCACAGCAAUGUCUUUGGUUCAUCUUGGAGCCUUUAGUCACUAAAAAUGACUACUUCAGCUACGGCUUUUACAAAACACUGAUAGAAAAAAUGAAGAACCAUAAAGAUGCAGUUAGACCAGAGGACGAUCAUUUAAAUUACAAAUUGUGGGCUUUAUGUGACUUGACUACUGGCUUGCUGCUGACCAAGGCUAUGAACUAUGAGCUUAAAGAUUUUCCUAGUGAAAUUAGAAUUCCUGCGAUGUUGUUUGUCCCGCAAAAGAACUUCCAAAACAGCAGAGUGUUUCUACCACCGGAGCUCCAAUAUCAACCGAAUAAAAAGCCGACGUUAACUCUGAGCAAGCCGAAUAAUGAGAAUAAAGAACGGCUUUCCAAAAAAUCUAAAGGCCAGAAAGCUGAAGGUUGCGGACCUUUGGGUACCGAUGUUCAGCCGUCAGAGGCAUCUGAUACCAAAAUAAAAGUCCCCGGAUUGGAAGACACAGAAGAAGAAGAACCGCCUGCCAAAAGAUUGCGUGAACGGAUAAAAAACGAUGAAGAUGGAAAAUGAUGUACAUACAAUGAAAGUCUAAGUUAAGUUUAAAGGAGUUUAAGACAGUCGUAGUGUGAAGAUCUCUUGUUAUACUUUGAUUGCCAACGACUUUUGCAAAUACUAAAUUUAACAACUGCAUACCUAGCGAUUUUGAAACAACUAUCGGGAACCUCAUAUUGAGUCAAUUAUAUCAUCUAUUGUACUUUACUUAUGGAUAAUUUUUUAUAGUUUUUAAUUAUACUUGCAUUUUUGCAAAUGCACUCAGUCACGCACGCCUUUUACAACCAAUUUACACGUUUUUAUUCAAAUUUGUGCUCAUUUAAGUAAGUGGUCAGGUCGUAUUACCAUUUUAUAAUUGUCUACUUUUUAAAUAAAAUUAGUUAAUAAAUCUGGCAAA